CGCGAAGUGGAGCGCCAGCAAGCUCUGGGAACUCUAAGGCCGCCAACCCCAACAGAGCUCCCAACCCCCCGAAUGGGCGUCGGAGUAGAAAGACCACUGGGGCCAGGGAUCGGGUCCAGUGGAUUAGCUGACGAAGGCGGAGAGGAGCAGGAGAUCCAGGAAGAGGAGGAGGAUGUACCGUACGACGGGGAAAGGCGAGAUGCGGGGGCUACAGCGAGGCCAGUAUGCGGAUGGGGGGAAGGGCCGACAGCGGCGGCAGGAUUUCGGGAGCCGCGCAGAAUGACCACCGGAGUGGGGCGCGGCGUGAUCCAAGGAAACCCGAUGCAACCCUUCCCCAUGCCUCCCAGACAGCAUCAACGGGCCGCUGAAUGGAUGCCAAGAAGGGAAGAUCUCAAGCUAGAAUACGGAGGGGAAUCAGCCGAACUGAACUUUUUUCUAAUUAGCAUCAGGGGAUACAUGGAAGACAAUGCACACACAUUCCCCUCCGAAGCAAGCAGGGUUCGGGCCAUCGGCAACACACUAAAGAGAGGAGCGGCCAGCUGGUAUGUGCAACUACAUGCCAGACAGGACCCAUGCCUGAGGUCAGUGCCCCGCUUCCUCGCCGCACUGGAAAACCGGUUCAGAGACCGGCUAGAGCAAUUGAGAGCUCGGGACCAGCUUAGAGGAAUAAAGCAGAGGGACAAAACGGUGCCCGAGUACGCAGAGGAAUUCCUCCACCUCGCGGAAAGGGUACCAGAGUGGUCUGAAGUGACCAAAGUGGAAUUAUUUAAAGAGGGACUACGCCCCGAGAUUUUCAGCUGGGCAGCACACAGAGAUGACCCCGAAGCGCUCCAGGGAUGGAUUCAACUAGCGGGGCGCGUUGAAUCCACCCUGGCCCAAGUAAAGCGCUUCAGGAGCAGCAGCGGCCAGCAAAGACCGGUGGCGAGAGGUCGAGGGGAAACGAGGAAGCAGGAAAGACCCGGAGGGAGGCCGGGGAUUCCCUCCAGAGGAGACGACAGCAAACCUAAACCGGGAUGCUUUGUAUGUGGGAAGACGGGCCAUCGAGCAGCAGAAUGCUGGGCACGGAAGGGGGAGCCGCCAAAACCCUCAAAGCCCAAGCCAGCAACCGGGAGGCGUGCGGAGGAGGAGGUGCAAGCCCCAGAAUCUCCAGAAAAAUUGGCUUGUGAUGAAAGAAGAACCGAAGAGGAGGACGAAGAAAAGGAGGGCACCAUGUCAUGGAACCCAGUUACAGGGCUUUGGUAAUUCAGCCCUGUAACUGGGAGUCAUAACAUAAACAAUCCCAGGAGCACCUGGCAGAAGAAGAUAGAAUAUGCCUGGGAACUUGGGGCCGAAAGUAUAAACAAUUAUAAUUGGUCUAGUGUGUGAAAAUGGUAGUAAUGUGAUAUUGGGGGUGGGACUUGAUGAUGAUAUUUACGUGUGGUGUUACGUAGCAUCAAAAGUUAUAAAAAUAGUUGUAUGUAAACAUUGGGUCAUUCCUGACUUUUCCAAAGUCAUGUGUUCUUCAAUAAAGAUUGGAUUUGAGAGCAGCCAUCUCUGAUCUGCGUUCAGACUGAUCCUUUGAAGUGAGCAGGACAGCACACAAUUUAAAAUGUAUCCUAAGCUUUGUGCAUCUAUGUAGUUUGACACCAUAGGCUUGUGUCACUCUGAACAUAAAUGCCAACAUGCAUUUUGAAAAGAAAUACAACCUCUGAGAAGGUCCAACCACUUUCCAAUAACAUACAAUAAAAAACUGACACCUAAGAUGAUCAGUAGAGAAGUUGCUGAAGAGCAUCACUAUGUACCUCCAGCUCACAACCCC